AUGAAAGAAAUUGUUACUAUUCAAGUUGGUGAUUAUGCCAAUUAUAUUGGCUCUCACUUCUGGAACUUUCAGGAUGAGUUGCUUGGGUUGGCUGGGGACCCUCAAGCUGAUUCAGUCUUCAAAAAUCAGGAUCUUAACAUGGAUGUGCUUUACCGUACUGGUGAGACACAUCAGGGCAUCUAUACAUACACUCCUCGCCUAGUCUCAAUAAACAUGAGAGGAUCCCUUGGAGCUAUGAGCUCACGUGGUACAUUAUAUAAGGAGGUUGCUCCCACAACAUCAGAUGUUUUCACUUGGACUGGUAGUGUUUCCCCCCGUGCCUCUGAACCUCGGAAAAAAAAUUUGUUCCUACAAAGUCUUUAUGAAGAAGAAAGCCAAAAUAUGGUAAAUGAGAUAAGUGGUUCAAACAGUGGUUCUCCGAGUGAGUAUCAGGAUAAGGAUAUAACUGAGAGUCUAGAAAAUGGAGUUCAGUUUUGGACAGAUUACUCAAAAGUACAUUUCCACCCGCAAAGUCUAUAUGAAUUAAAUGGAGUUUGGACGGAUGUUGAGGAAUUUGACAAUUAUGGAAUUGGAAGGGAUUCUUUUUCUUGGGCUUCACAAGGGGAAGAAAUUAGUGAUAGACUUCGUUUUUUUGUUGAAGAAUGUGACCAUGUACAGGGAUUUCAAUUUGUAGUUGAUGACUCUGGAGGUUUCUCUUCUGUGGCUGCUGAGUUUCUAGAAAACAUUGUGGAUGAGUAUACAAACACUCCUGUGCUGCUGUAUGCUGCCCAUGGUUCUCGUUCACGAGCAAGUCUUCAGACCAGGAAGCGUACAAUCUUAGAGGAGCUUCAUGAUGCUAUAUCAUUUUCAAGACUAUCAUCCUACUGUAAACUAAUUGUACCUGUUGGUCUGCCCUCCUUAGGUAGAGCUUCCAAGUUCCUCCACAUUGAAGAUGACAAGCAUUACCACUCAAGUGCCGUUUAUGCUGCUGCUCUACACUCCAUUAGUCUUCCAUUCCGAAUGUUACCAGUUGGGCCUACUGCAGAUGCAUGUUCUGUUUCUGGGGCUGUGGAUUUUCAUGGACUUAUUCAAAUGUUAUCAGGGCAAGGAAGGCAGAAUAUGGUGUCAAUUCUGGAUGUUUCCAUGCCAACACCUGCUUUAACUGGGGGACAGAAUGAACUGUCUUUGUUAGAAAACUUUCAGCCGUUGACCCCAAUGCUUUCUGAGGAUGAUGAAGACAUACAGGCAAUUGAACACUUGACAGUACAUGGAGCUUUUGCAUCAGAGGGUCGCCGCGCGUCAGUUUGUGAAGUAAAAGAUACAGUGGAUGCUGCUUUUGAGCGUGCCAAUACAAGGCCAAUGUUCAGCCAUCUAUCUGUUGCUCUUUGUCCUCUGCCUAUUCCCUUGCCUUUUCCAUCAAUCUUUGGAAAUCAAGUUGGCAAACAUGGUGAAUUGAUGAGCAGCCAACUGACUAAUUCGUCAUCAAAAGGAUCCCUUGACGUCCAUUCCAUUCCCAUGGCUGCCAGAUUACGUUCCAGCAGCGCUGUCUUACCACUUUUGGAGAAUAAACUGCAAAAUCUUCACCGGUAUGGAAUUACGCGAGGAGCAGCAGGGGCCGAGUUACUUAGGAGCUGGGGCUUUGGAAGAGAAGAACUGGUGGAAAUGCAAGAGAUGUUGUCUAAAAUGGUUUCUACAUUGUGUCCUCCUCAAUUGUCAUCUGAUUCAGAUUAG